AGAGAGAGAGAGAGAGAGAGAGAGGGAAAGAGAGAAAGGAAAGAGAGAAAGAGAAGAGAGAUCGAGCGCGAUCGAUCGAUGGCUCCGGUGGGUCUGCCACCGGGCUUUAGGUUCCACCCUACCGACGAAGAGCUCGUGAACUACUACCUCAAGCGGAAGAUCCACGGCCUCAAGAUCGAGCUCGACAUAAUUCCGGAGGUCGACCUCUACAAGUGUGAACCAUGGGAGUUAGCAGAGAAAUCAUUCUUGCCGAGUAGGGAUCCCGAGUGGUACUUCUUCGGACCUCGGGACCGAAAGUACCCGAACGGCUUCCGCACGAACCGAGCGACCCGGGCGGGAUACUGGAAGUCGACGGGGAAGGAUCGGCGCGUCGUUUGUCAAAGCCGCGCAAUCGGCAUGAAGAAGACAUUGGUCUACUAUCGGGGUCGGGCGCCGCAGGGGAUAAGGACGGAUUGGGUGAUGCACGAGUAUCGUCUCGACGACAAGGAAUGCGAGGACACUAUGGGGAUCCAGGAUUCUUACGCACUAUGCCGAGUGUUCAAGAAAAACGUGGCGUGCACCGAAGUAGAAGAGCAGGGACAGUGCAGCAUAGCAAUGGUGGAGAGCUCCCUACAUGUUAUCCCCAACAGCGAGUUCGACGCGGCCGCGGCGACGUCACCGGACGUGCCGGUGGGGUCGUCGUCGUGCGUCGAAGAGGACGAUAAGGACGACGCGUGGAUGCAGUUCAUCGCCGACGACGCGUGGUGCACCUCCACCAUGUCAAGCAAUGAGCCCACCGAUCAGGAGCCCAAUUCAUGCGUGGCUUUUGCUACUUGAUUAGUUAAUUAAUUUGGGGUUCAUUUUUAUUAAUUUCCUGGUGAUCAUUUUUGCUUGGGAUGGUCGUAAUUUAUAUUGGUGAUGAAGUAAUAAUAAUAUUAUGUUUGAAAAUGUAACAGUUUUCUUUUUCUUUUUUUUCUUUUCUUUCUUUUUUUAUUUUGUGAACUUGUGAAGGUAACGUUUAUGUAA